AUGGCUGGGAUUGUAUAUUUCGCCGUCUUUUCGCUUCUUUUUGGGAUUUGCGAGGGGGUCACCGGCUCCCGGAUAUAUCCGGCCAAUGAAGUUACCUUAUUGGAUUCCAGAUCAGUUCAGGGAGAACUUGGGUGGAUAGCAAGCCCACUGGAAGGAGGGUGGGAGGAAGUGAGCAUUAUGGAUGAGAAAAAUACUCCAAUCCGCACAUAUCAAGUCUGCAAUGUGAUGGAGCCAAGUCAGAACAAUUGGCUACGAACUGAUUGGAUUCCCCGUGAAGGGGCUCAGAGGGUUUAUAUUGAAAUCAAGUUCACACUAAGAGACUGCAACAGCCUGCCAGGUGUCAUGGGGACUUGCAAAGAGACUUUUAACCUCUACUACUAUGAGUCAAGCAACGAUAAGGAGCGCUUUAUUAGGGAGAGCCAGUUUGCCAAGAUUGACACUAUUGCAGCUGAUGAGAGCUUCACACAGGUGGACAUUGGUGACAGAAUCAUGAAGCUCAAUACGGAGAUACGUGACGUGGGGCCCUUAAGCAAGAAAGGGUUUUAUCUGGCUUUCCAGGAUGUAGGUGCUUGCAUUGCCUUGGUGUCUGUCCGUGUUUUUUACAAGAAGUGUCCACUGACAGUCCGCAACUUGGCUCAGUUUCCAGAUACGAUCACUGGGGCUGAUACGUCUUCUCUGGUGGAAGUUCGUGGUUCAUGUGUCAACAAUUCAGAGGAGAAGGAUGUGCCAAAAAUGUACUGUGGGGCAGAUGGUGAAUGGCUGGUACCCAUUGGCAACUGCCUAUGCAAUGCUGGGUAUGAAGAACGUAAUGGAGAAUGCCAAGCUUGCAAGAUUGGAUACUACAAGGCCCUUUCGACAGAUGUUGCCUGUGCUAAGUGCCCACCUCACAGUUUCUCCAUCUGGGAAGGUUCUACCUCUUGCACCUGCGACCCAGGCUUUUUCCGAGCGGAAAACGAUGCUGCCUCCAUGCCCUGCACGCGCCCUCCAUCUGCCCCUGAGAACCUGAUUUCCAAUGUCAAUGAGACAUCAGUUAACUUGGAAUGGAGCCCUCCUCAGAACAAAGGUGGCCGUGAGGAUGUUUCCUACAAUGUGGUCUGCAAGAGGUGUGGGGCUAGUGAUCUGAAUCGUUGCCGUUCCUGUGGCAGCGGUGUACACUUCAGCCCUCAGCAGAAUGGUCUGAAAACCACCAGGGUUUCCAUUACUGACCUUUUGGCACACACUAACUACACCUUUGAAAUCUGGGCAGUGAAUGGAGUAUCCAAGCAAAAUCCCAGCCCAGACCAGGCCGUCUCUGUUACUGUGACAACUAACCAAGCAGCUCCUUCACAAAUUGCUUUAAUCCAAGCUAAAGAAAUAACAAGACACAGUGUGGCAUUGGCUUGGCUGGAACCUGAUAGGCCGAAUGGAGUCAUACUGGAAUAUGAAGUCAAAUAUUAUGAAAAGGACCAAAAUGAGCGUAGCUAUCGCAUUGUGAAAACAGCAGCCAGAAAUACAGAUAUCAAAGGCUUGAAUCCUUUGACUUCGUAUGUCUUCCAUGUGAGAGCAAGAACAGCAGCUGGCUAUGGUGACUUCAGUGGGCCAUUUGAGUUCACAACUAACACAGUUCCAUCUCCCAUCAUUGGUGAAGGUACCAACCCCACAGUUCUUCUGGUCUCUGUGGCUGGCAGUGUUGUCCUUGUGGUCAUUCUCAUAGCUGCCUUUGUUAUCAGCAGGAGACGGAGCAAAUACAGUAAAGCCAAGCAAGAAGCAGAUGAAGAGAAACAUUUGAAUCAGGGUGUCAGAACAUACGUAGAUCCUUUUACAUAUGAGGACCCCAACCAAGCCGUGAGAGAAUUUGCGAAAGAAAUUGAUGCUUCCUGCAUAAAAAUUGAAAAAGUCAUAGGUGUUGGUGAAUUUGGUGAAGUUUGCAGUGGCCGUCUCAAGGUGCCAGGAAAGAGGGAGAUCUGUGUUGCUAUCAAGACUCUGAAAGCUGGAUACACAGACAAACAAAGAAGGGACUUUUUAAGUGAAGCCAGCAUUAUGGGACAGUUUGACCACCCCAAUAUCAUCCACUUGGAAGGUGUCGUUACGAAGUGCAAACCAGUCAUGAUUAUAACUGAGUACAUGGAGAAUGGUUCCUUGGAUGCUUUUCUUAGGAAGAAUGAUGGCAGAUUUACCAUCAUCCAGUUGGUAGGAAUGCUUCGAGGCAUUGGCUCUGGGAUGAAGUAUUUAUCUGACAUGAGCUAUGUGCAUCGAGAUCUCGCAGCUCGAAACAUAUUAGUCAACAGCAACUUGGUCUGCAAAGUUUCAGAUUUUGGCAUGUCCCGUGUACUGGAAGAUGACCCUGAAGCAGCCUAUACUACUAGGGGUGGAAAGAUUCCCAUCAGGUGGACUGCACCAGAAGCAAUUGCCUAUCGUAAAUUUACAUCAGCCAGUGAUGUCUGGAGUUAUGGAAUUGUAAUGUGGGAAGUGAUGUCAUAUGGAGAGAGGCCUUAUUGGGAUAUGUCCAACCAAGAUGUUAUCAAGGCCAUUGAAGAAGGGUAUCGGCUGCCACCCCCAAUGGACUGUCCUAUUGCUCUCCAUCAGUUGAUGCUGGACUGCUGGCAGAAGGAACGUAGUGACAGGCCUAAAUUUGGACAGAUUGUCAACAUGCUAGACAAACUCAUCCGCAAUCCCAACAGCUUGAAGAGGACAGGCUCUGAAAACUCCAGGCCUAAUACUGCAUUGUUGGAUCCAAGUUCUCCUGAAUUCUCUGCCAUAGUUUCUGUUGGUGAUUGGCUCCAAGCUAUUAAGAUGGAGCGAUACAAGGAUAACUUCACAGCUGCCAGCUAUACUACCCUAGAGGCUGUGGUGCAUAUGAACCAGGAUGACCUGGCGAGAAUUGGAAUUACUGCCAUUGCACACCAGAAUAAGAUUCUGAGCAGCGUCCAGGCAAUGAGGACCCAAAUGCAGCAAAUGCACGGCAGAAUGGUUCCGGUGUGAGCCAGUACUGAAUAAACUCUAAACUCUUGAAAUUAGUUUACCUCAUCCAUGCACUUUAAUUGAAGAACUGCACUUUUUUUUACUUCUCCUUGCCGUUUGAAAUAAUAAUGAUACUGAUGAUGAUGAUGAUGAUGAUGAUUUGCAGCAUUGAUUGAUAUAUAAAGAUAGCUGAGAGUGUUGCAAGGAGAGAACCUACAGAAAUGACAGUCCGUCAUUUGAGAACAGCCCUGGAACAAAUUGUUUCUUGGAAUAUACUUCUAUGUGGAUCGAUAUUAUGUAUUAUACAUGUAUCUAUAAAACAUCACAUACAAGUUCUGAUGCUGUGUUUGCUGCCCAAUACUGUGCUUAAACAAAGGAAAGUACUGGUGUUCCCUCAACAGCCAUUGGGAUUACAAUCAUUAUGUUUGAUCUGUGGGAUAAACCACAUUUGUUCAUCUUUUAUUGGAAGAAGACUCUUCUGUACCAGGAAAUGUUGGCAUACUUUGAGCAUCAACAGUACUUUGCAGAAAUCUUGAGACAGAAUAUCAUUUAGUUGAUUAUUGCAUCUCCUUCAAGGAUUUGUCCGCUUGCAAGUGGAGACAGAAAACAAUCCUCAUGGAUUACAGGAUUAUUAUUUUAUUAUCAUUAUUAUUUUGAGCAAGGAGUGUUGGUUGUUGUUUUGCCACAGUGAGUCCUAGCUCUCUCACCAUUUCUGAAAACAUCCCAGAGAGCUGUUCUUGGCCAUGGAUAUUCCACAUUUGCAUCCUUUUGCCCUUCUAAGAGACGAUUGUGCAACACUGAAAAGGUAAAAGGAUGCUGCUUUCUUGGACUCAGCCCUUCUUAGUGCCCAUGAUGCCCUAGGAGAAGAAAAGGCCAGAGCCAGAAGCCUUACAGUAUGCCAGUUUACCCAGCACUAACUGUAGAGAAGAUGAACUGUGUAGAAAUAGCUCUGCUUCCUAAAGAGCACCUCUUUGACGUUCUUCCUUUUCUUUUUCUUUUAUUGUCAGCAACAAAAACAAGACAAUAAGGUUCAGAUGUGGCUCUUUCAUUAUCACUUGAGGAAUGUACUGUGUCAAAGCCCUACAGACUUCUCUUUCCUCAUUCCAUUUAUUUAAGCAGAUCCCAAGGGUAUGGAAUGGGCUUCCAUGGGAGGUGGUUGAGGCCCCAUCAGUGAGGGUGCUCAAGGAUAGGCUAGACAUGCACAUGGUGGGCAUGUCGUGAGCAGAGCCGGCUGGAGCUGGGGGUCAGACUAAAUGGCCCAGGAGGCCCCUUCUGACUCGCUCUGUUUCUAUGUUUCUCUAUAUAUAAUUUGUGGCGGGAUGUUGUUUUCUGCAUGUUACUGCUACAUCGGUAUGAGUGUAAGUAGUGGAGCCCUACAAACCAUUAUAAUGGACACCAGAGCCAGGUAUCAUGGCACACAACCAAGCUGAGACUGCUUGUGACAGUAAAGUGAUGAUUUACAGAAAGUGUGCCAUUGUGACAAUAUUGGUAUUUUAAAAUAUAAUGGAAAAUAACUUAUUAUCUCUUCUUGGAAUGCGUGGGGUGAUGUAUGUUAGUGUGUGUGUGUGGGGGGGCAUGCAUGCCCAUCUGUGUGUGUGCAUGUGUUGCCUGUUGCGCAGGAUUACCUGUGAACAUGCAGAUUGCAUCUCAAGAUAACUUAAUGGUUUGUUGCUGAGCUGUUGAGUUACCAGGCCAGUAUGUGAGCUAUGCAAUGAAACACACACACUCCUGAAUGUUCCAGUUCUGUAUCUAUUCAUGUAUUAUGUAGCCGUCACACUAACCUUAACAAAUAGUCUCCAGCCUAGAACAGGGGCACUUUCACCUUAGUUGUGGAGUGAUCCAUAGUGAGUUCCAUGAUGGUGAUAAAGAGUGACAUCAAUAGCCAUUAAUCUUACUGAAGCCUGUUUAUUGUUGAAGCAGCAGGACCUUACGGUGAAGAUAAAGUCUUCAUUCAUCAGUAGGCUGUUUUCAACUGAAUCAUUAAAUAACCUUUACCCCCCACACUUCCUGAAAAAAAUUGUCUUCAAAAGGCUUAUUGAACAUAAACCAAAUAUGCAAUCAUUAUCCAUUCACAGAAGUAAAUGGCUCAGUGCAGCACUUGUGAAGAGUUUGGGUCUGUAAACUGACUUUUGAGCAAUAUACUUUAUUUUUGCCCAAGAUUACAGAAGAUGUUGAAAAUUAGCAAGAGGUUUGCAAAAACUCCAGUGGUCCUAACAUAGAUAAAUCACUCUACAAGGCUGCGAGAGAGGUUUGUUGUGGUAACGAACUUAGUGGUUCUACCUAGGAAAGUUUACAGAGUCUGGAGAGUUCACUGCUAAUUUUCUGUAUGGUGUUCUUGGAGGCAAGCUGAAUGCAGGAGCCUAGGGAAUGAACUGCCAUACCGUAUCUUGAGCUCAGCGGUUGAUGCGCUCGACCUGCUUUCUGGUGGUAGAAGACUCUCCCCUACUGAGAUGCGAUGCAGCACAGCAAACUGAAAAAGGACAGUCAAACCAACAUGCCUUGGGGGGAAAUCAAAGGAAAGAAUGUGUAAAUACUGCAUUAAAAUGUUUGGCAUUCAAUAAGGCCCUAAAAUGGCAUCUCAGGAGUUAUUUUUCAUUCUUGUCUCACCAUCCCUUCCCUUUCUUGUACAGGGAAUUGUACACCCUUGUUUUUUUGCUCAUGUAGUUGUGUUGCUAACAGGCACAACAGUUAAGGAGCCAAGAGGCAUAAACUAUGGACUGUAAAUCUAGCAUUAUUAGACUGAAGGCAAAUGUACUAAAUAUGACUUGGAUGCGGGGAACCAGACAUACAUGCUCAAAAACAACCAGAAUUGAAUAGAGAACUGGCCUUCAUUUCUUCCUGGUUACAGAAGAAACAUCAAGAGAACUCUUAACACAGCAAACCUCUGUACAUUAGGAAAUUGUUUUGCUCACAACCUCACUGGUUGAUGUUGUCCCGGUUUCUUGCUGUAUUAACUUUGUGAUGGAUCUAUGUAUUAAAUAUAUAUAUAUAUAUGUAUAAACAAAAAUAAGCUGGUUAUUUCCAGCAAACAGAACUUCAAAGCAGUAUUUUUCUUUUACAUGACAUUUUCAUAACCAGAAAGAAAGCAUCCUGAAUAAUAAUUAGAUGAAUAAAAAAGAGUGCAUUUAUUUUUUGUAUCACUACAAGUAUGUUGGAAUAUGCAAGGACUGUGGUUUAAAAAUUAGAAUGUAUGAGGCAUAUAAUAAUUUAGUCCAUACUGGGAAAAAUCUUAACAGUGCAUUACUUGGUUUGCAAAUUUGAAUGAUCUCUCAGUUAGAAAUAUAGAUUUUCUAUUUUGUUUUAAUUUGUAAUUUUCCCCUCUCCAUCAAUCUUAGGUACACAUAACUUAUGUCAUUUAUUUAUGGUCUUUUAUACCUAGUUUGUAAAAUUGUAAAAUAGCAAACUAAAUGCAAAAGUUUGCAUUUGAAAAUAAUAAAGUAGUUGCUGUACAAAUUCAAA